AUGCACGUCGCCUUUGCGGUUAAGCAGGACCCUGCACUGGCAAGGGAGGUGGUAGCCGCCGUCAAGGCCAAUGCCACGGGUGUGCUCAACGGAUUCGCCGUGGCGGUACUGCUGUCCGUGGCACGCGUGCGGAGGUUCAACGACGGUGCUGUGGCCGUGCUCCGGGACGCUGCCACUACAUCACGCCGGGAUUAUCGGAUGUCGAGGCGCUGCAAGUGGUUGCCAGAUGGCCUCAAAGAGGAAAGUGUAGAGGCUGCUCAUUGUGUUGAGAAGGCACUACUGAAAGCAGUCGCUGAGAGCAUUGGUGGGAGGGAGCAUGUCGUUCCAAGCAUUGUUCAGGUAGGUUUUCUCCUGUUAGAAGCCUCAAACGGUGAUCCAGGGGAGGAAGAUGGUCCAGACGAAGGGGUUAUGAGCACUGAAGAAAUAGGUGUUAAUAUGCUCAAGUCGUUGUUUGAGACCCACGAAAUGGCACGCACUGAGAUAAUUGAACAAUGCAAGUUCCGGAUCCUCUCAGCAAAGCCCCAGCAAAGUGCACCAGUCCUUCGUUUGCUUGGAUGCUUAGUUCGGAGUCAUCCGUUUCCAAUGCUAGAAUACGUUGCACACCUGAAGGAGUUGCUGGACUAUUUUGCCUUCAUGAAUGACAAGAUAUCGACGGGUCUGAUCAAUUGCAUCUUGCCACUCACUAAGUUCAGCCGUGAUCUCAAGGAUUACAUAAUAUUGGUAGUAAGGAAGGCCAUGUUCAAGCGGGAGGAUGCUGUCCGUAUUGCCGCUACAAAUGCUAUAGUUGAGCUGAUUGUAACAGAGAGCGAGUACAGGAAAAAUGAGGCUAAUCCUUUUCAAGACUCAUCAAGUCAACCGAGCUCUAGCCAGCAACCUGAAAUACAUAGAGAGGUUGGUGUGGAACUCUUUCAAGAAUUAAGUGGAUUGCUUCGCAGAUGUCUUUCCCAGCAGGCUAGAGUCAAAAUGGUUUUGUACGAGGGUCUCAUUCGAAUUGUUACCUCCGAUCCAGAUGUUGCAGACUAUGUCCUUGAUUUCCUGUGGCCUCACUUCCUAAACUAUUACAUAGAGAAUGCUGAAUGCCCCCUUAAAAUGGAUUCAUGUUUUAAAGUUGAGAAUGCCAAAGUAUGUAUGGUGGAACCUUUGGAUUGCCUACUGUCAUGUGUCUCGUGCAUUCUUCGAGCUCAACAAAAUAGUAAAUGUCACCGACCACGUGAUGCAUAUUGGAAGUGUUUUGGUUUUGCUCCUUCCCAGGAUAAUGAGGUUGGAAGAUCCUCAUCAAGGGACUUGUUCAUGAAAGGAUUAUCAAAUAUCCAGAAGUAUUUGAGGAAAUGCCUCACAGAAGAUCAACGAGGACAGACCCAAGAAGCUGGUUCUGCUUCUUCAUCUUUGGAGAUAGUCCAGUGUCAUAACGUUUUUAUGCCUGGAAUCGUUGAGGUUUUUGUUGAUUUUGCUUCUUCAAAACUAGCUGAAGCUGCUGAUGAACCGAAGGAGAAGUUAGAAAAAGAAAUACUGGAGCUCGUUGAUGCUCACAGUGGCUUUGAGAGGAAAACAAGCAAGAGCAGGGAGAAAGUUGCACGAAGAAGAGGGGAUUCAAGAAGUGCUACAGAUAGGCAGACUAAUGAACCUAAUGAAAAUUCAAACGCUUCUUUGCUGAAAUUACAUGAAAAGAGGGGGAAAUUUAUGAAUUCAAGUUUGUAUGAGCUUGUAGUGAUGUGUGCCAAACAGUGCCAUGCUGAUAAAUAUGAUAAAGGCAGCCAGCGUCCUAGCCAAUCUAAAUUGAAUCAGAGCUCCAAUCUAUUAUCCUUUGUACUGAAAGCCUGUCUUGAGAUGUUCAGAUCACUUACAGCUAAGGCAAGUGAUCUGGCCAUUGGAAAUCUAAGAAGAACGCGGUAUGAAGAUGUAAAAAACUUAGCGCAGCCAAUUGUGAAGCUCAUAUGGUGGCUUAUGUUAGAUUCAGAGCAAGAGAAUGGUGGAUUCAAGAAGAACACAACCCAAGGGAAGAAAACAGUUGAAAACAAAAAGGAUCAGUUAUAUCUGGCAUUGACAUGCUUUAAAGAACUUUUUAAACUAAGUGUAUCAGAAGACCGUUCUAGUGACAUUACUGAUCUUCUGAUAUCUUCGGCUCCUUCAAAUAUAGAGGAUAUGAUGGAAGCUGACCAGCUUCUUGACAAUGACACUACUGUGACUGAGAAUCCAGCAAAAAGAGGCGCUCAUGUGUUUCUGAACAUAUUGAAGAUGUUAUAUGCUAGAGCCGCACAUGCUCCUUGUUGGCCUGCUUAUGUUAUUUUGGGUGGAAGUUGUGCCACAGCUGUAUCUGAACUGAUUUUUGGCAUAUCAAGGAAACUGCAUCCUGAUCAGAGGCAUCUUGUGGGACAUUGGGCUGCAGGCUUAUGUCGAAAGAAUACUGUCCAAAGCCCAACCACCGCACAAGAGAUGGUAAAACUCGCUGUCCAUCUUAUGACAACUCCAGAUGACAUGAUUCUUGUGCAUGAGAUGACAACAGAGUUGAAGAAAUUAAUAGCCUCCGGAGACGAGGACUCUGUAGAUUCUUCCGAGGCAUUUCUCAUUGUCAAUUGUAAAACAAAAAAUUCACUUGUUGCUGUCUUCCUUCACAUGGUUGAGUCAUCUCUUAUGGAACUGGAAUGGGGUCUUGGUAAGCUUAAGGCAAUGCUGACAUUAGGUUACGGCUCUUCUAAUGUCGACGAGGAUCAGCCAGCAGAUGAAAGGACGCAAAGAAUGUUUCUGGAGGAAGCACUCUACUCCAGAUCAACAUCAGUAGUUCAUGUUCUUUCGUCUUUCACACAUAUGAGCCUUAAGGAUUCUCAGGCAGAGCAGUUUCUGAAACUGACUGCAAAGUUCUACAAGCUCUUGGCUCACAUCUCAAAGUCUCAGAUUGCACCUAAGGGCUACAAGCAGUUCAUACCAGGUCUCAAAUUUCAGAAAAUGGCGGAAGUAACUUGCAGGAUGCUUACUGCUCCACUUUACAAUUUUGUCUUUACACUUCAAGAGAGUGAGCAACCACACAAAAAAGGAACCCUCGCGAAGAUUAAAAGGGAGAGCAAAUGCAUUCCUGAUCUUAUUUUCCAGGUUGAGGAUUAUGAGAAGUACCUAAUUCAGUUAAGCAAGCUCACAAAGGUGAACCUUCUGAGGCAUGCCAAGCGUAGCGUAGCAAGAGAUUUUCGGAUACAACCAAAGGAGAAAGCUGCAGAAGAAGAACGUGAAGGGGAUUCUCCUCCAGCGAGUGCCGCAUCACCUGAGAGUGACCCUGAGGAGGAUGCAAAAGAAGGUCCAGAUGUUCGUGCUGAUGAAAACCUGCAGGCCAGUGCACAACAUGAUGACACCGUCCAAGAUUCUGAAUCCGAUGGAGAAGAGGAGGAAGUAUUAGUACACAUGAAGAGAGCCAAUGCAAACCAAAUUGUCCAAGAUUCUGAAUCCGAUGGAGAAGAGGAGGAAGUAUUAGCAUGCAGCAAGAGAGCUAAGACAAACCAGAUGGUCCAAGAUUCUGAGUCUGAUGGAGAAGAGGAGGAAAUGUUAGCACGGAGGAAGAGAGCCAAGACAAACCAAAUCAUCCAAGAUUCUGAAUCUGAUGAAGAUGCUGAAGGCGAGUGA